CAAAACUUUAGAGUGAGCUGAAAUAGUCUUUCAAUUCCGACUCUCAGUCUAAGCAGGUCUUAGUCCACUAAUUUCUGGGUUCCAUUACGUAGAAGAAAAUGGGGUGCUUAAAAUCCAUGGCUCUUGUUGUUCUUCUUGCUUCCUUGGCUCUUCAGGUUGAAAGCCGAGUUGCGAGGAAGGACUUGGGUUUGGGCUUAGGUGGUGGUCUGGGACUUGGGCUAGGACUUGGUUUAGGAGGAGGUGGUAGUGGAUCUGGUUCUGGAUCAGGUUCAGGUUCAGGUUCAAGUUCAGGUUCUUAUGCAGGGUCAGGAGCUGGGUCACGUUCUGGUGCUGGCUCUUAUGCAGGCUCAGGAGCUGGUUCAGGAGCAGGCAGUGGACGAGGAUAUGGUGCAGGAUCUGGAUCAGGACAUGGACGAGGCUCUGGCUCAGGAUCUGGUUAUGGUGAAGGUCGUGGUUAUGGUUCGGGAUCUGGUUCCGGUUCUGGUGGGGGCUAUGGUGAAGGUUAUGGUGAGGGUCGUGGCUAUGGCUCUGGGACAGGUAAUGGGUAUGGUGAAGGAUAUGGAGAGGGUCGUGGGUAUGGGUCUCGAUCCGGUGGUGGGCGUGGAAAGUGAGUGUAAUGUUAUCGGAAUUUGAUGGGUCACCCAUCUUCUGAGUCUAGUUGCUUUGGUUUAGUAACAGUCUCUCUCUAAUCAGGAUUGUAGGAGUCACAGUCUGUGUGUGAACUGGUAGUUAUUCUCUAUUUUAUCUCUGUUUAAUGAAUUUUCCUUCUACCGAAAAAAAUGGGUCAUCCAUUUUUGUUCAUGUAUAAAUAAAUAAAACGAUGAUAAUGAAUUUCAGAUCCAUGGAUGUAUUUGUAUUUAUUUCA